GUGAGGAAGCCGCUCCUCCCACCGUGCGAUGGAACCUCUGCCUGCGAGUCAAGCUCUCCGCCUUCCCCUCGGCUAUCUCCGCCCCUUCCGGAGCGGUGCCCCCGCCCCCGCGUGGGGGUUGGUCUGUUUUGCCGAAAGCUUUCCUAUCUGUAUUUCCACUGUGUUGCUCAGUUCCCGUCCCCAGCGGGGAAGUUCCACCUUGCCGCGGACCCUGGCCGCCCUUAGCCCGGCUCAGGUGGAUGUCUUCAGACAAAAUCUUUUCCAGGAGGCUGAUGACUUCCUCUCCACAUUCUUGCCGCGGAAAAUCAUAUCCCUGAGUCAGCUUUUGCAGGAGGAUUCCCUCAAUGUGGCCGAUCUCUCCUCUCUCCGGGCUCCUCUGGACAUCCCCAUCCCAGAUCCCCCACCCAAGGAUGAUGAGAUGGAAACAGACAAGCAGGAGAAGAGAGAAGUCCCUAAGUGUGGCUUUCUCCCUGGGAAUGAGAAGCUUCUGGCCCUGCUUGCUGUGGUUAAGCCAGAAGUCUGGACUCUCAAAGAGAAAUGCAUCCUGGUAAUCACAUGGAUCCAGCACCUGAUCCCCAAGAUUGAGGAUGGGAAUGAUUUUGGGGUGGCAAUUCAGGAGAAGGUGUUGGAGAGAGUGAAUGCUGUCAAGACCAAAGUAGAAGCCUUCCAGACAACCAUUUCCAAGUACUUCUCAGAGCGUGGGGAUGCUGUGGCUAAGGCCUCUAAGGAGACCCAUGUAAUGGAUUAUCGCGCCUUGGUGCAUGAGCGCGAUGAAGCCGCCUACGGGGCGCUCAGGGCCAUGGUGCUGGACCUGAGGGCCUUCUACGCUGAGCUUUAUCAUAUCAUCAGCAACAACCUAGAGAAAAUUGUCAACCCAAAGGGUGAAGAGAAGCCAUCUAUGUACUGAGCUAAGGAUUAGAAGGAGAAUAAAUGAUUUUAUACUUUA